GCCGGCCAAUGGCCAUGGCUUCUCAUCGCCGUCUCGUUUUCGCCCUCACCACCGUCGUCGCCUUGCUCCGCGCUGUGGCGAAGGACGACAGCAUCUUGCGGCCGUGGCCGCCUGACUGCUCCACGGCGAACAACUACACGGCCGGCAGCCAGUACCAGAGGAACCUCGCCGAGCUCCUGUCCAGGCUCCCCGCGGCGGCCGGCGACAACGGCUGGUUCUACAACGGCAGCGCCGGGGCGGGCGCCGACCAGGUGUUUGGCCUCGUCAUGUGCUACGCCGACUACAACGCGACGGCGUGCCUGGACUGCCUCUCCAGGGCGCCCGCCGGGAUCACGACGGUGUGCCCGGGCAGCCGGAGCGUCCGCGCCAUGUACGACGCGUGCGUCCUCCAGUACUCGGACGCACCGCCGAUCCCGGCCACCGCGGACCUCAACUACUUGUACAGAGUGUACCUGAGUUUCCCUGGGGUGGACGUCACCUCGGAGGGACUGCGGGAAGCCUGGGUGCCGCUGAUGAGCGAGCUCACGGGCGGCGUCGCCGCCUCGCCGCUGCGGCUCGCCAACGGCAGCACGCCGUACUCGAGCUCGCAGGACAUGUACGGGCUGGCGCAGUGCACGCGGUACCUCAACGCCAGCGAGUGCGCGCGAUGCAUCAGCAACUACGCCAGCCAGCUGGGGAAGCUGUUCCCCAACAACUCCGGCGGCGUCGUCAAGGGGUACAGGUGCUACCUGCGCUACCAGGUGGCUGCGCUCGACAUCACCCUGCCUCCGGCGCCGGCGCGGUCGCCUGAGCCUCACCCUUCUAGUUCCCCCCGUAGCAGAUUUCCUCAAAACGCUUCAGGCUCCACGACAGGGUCGGGGGGGUUAAGCGACGUUGCCCUGAUACUACUCGUGUCCAUCGGUUCCGCCUCGAUCUUGAUAGUUCUGUGCUUCUCCGCGUGGCUUCUUCUCCGGCGUCGGCGUCGGAAGAUGGCUAAACUCCACGAGGAAACGAGGACGAUGGAAGACGAGUUCGAGAAAGGAACCUGGCCAAAGCAGUUCCGCUACGACGAGCUCGCCAUCGCGACGGACAACUUCUCGGACAGGCGGAAGCUCGGGGAAGGCGGGUUCGGGUCGGUGUACAGAGGAUUCCUGAGGGAGAUGAACCUUCACGUCGCCAUCAAGAGGGUGUCCAAGGGCUCCAAGCAGGGGAGGAAGGAGUACGCCUCGGAGGUGAGGAUCGUUAGCCGGCUGAGGCACCGCCACCUGGUGCAGCUCGUCGGCUGGUGCCACGGCGGCGGCGACCUCCUCCUUGUCUACGAGCUGAUGCCCAACGGCAGCCUCGACAAACAUCUAUACAGUGCAGACAGCAAAUUACCAUGGUCACUUAGGCACAAGAUUGUGCUCGAAAUCGCCUCAGCGAUUCUUUACCUCCACCAAGAAUGGGAGCAGUGCGUUCUUCACAGGGACAUCAAGCCGAGCAACGUGAUGCUGGACGCCUCCUUCCACGCCAAGCUCGGCGACUUCGGGCUGGCGAGGCUCGUCGACCACGCCCGGGGCUCGCACACCACGGUGCUCGCCGGCACGCUGGGGUACAUGGACCCGGGGUGCAGGGUGAGAGGCAGGGCCAGCGCCCAGUCCGACGUCUACAGCUUCGGCGUCGUCCUCCUCGAGGUCGCGUGCGGCCGGGGGCCCGCCGUGGUGCUCGACGACGACGCCGUGAUCCACCUGUCGCGGCACGUGGCGGAGCUCAACGGCCGGGGAAGGGUCCUCGACGCCGCCGACCCACGGCUGGGCGGGGAGUUCGACACCCGGGAGAUGGAGAGCGUGCUGGUGACCGGGCUCUGGUGCACGCAGGAGGACCGGAACACGAGGCCGUCCAUCAGGCAGGUCCUCGGCGUGCUGCAGUUCGAGCUGCCGCUGCCGAGCCUCCUUGAGAGGGCGCCGGUGGUGGUUACAAGCCGCCGGCUGGCCUGCUGAUGAACUCUGAUCUAUCUUCUCAUGGGAGAAACAGCACCUCUGGAAUGUCAACAAGUAUCUAGCAGCUGUUGUGAAUGAUCUUGUCUGAACCUUGCGUUA